AUGUCUUCAAAAAGUCAAGCUUAUUCCAGUGGAGAGGUCCACAAAAAGCCAGCUGAAGAAAGAAACAGUUCAAGGGGAUCAUCACCCUGUGACAGCCAGCGAAGUCAAAUGAAAUGCAAUCAGAGAAAGUCAGACAACAGGAGUCCUGCCUCAAGGGGAUAUCCAAAGGACUGCAUAGGUCAGUAAACCUGCCUUACAGAACUCCUUAGAGGGUAGAAAAUAAGAAGUGCAUGCUAGAGACCAGACCAGGUAGCUUUGUAAAAAAAAUCUUUCUCUCAACUAAAAAAUACAGUCAAACCCUUUAACCCAUUCGCUCCUGGAGAUUUUGCCGAAAAACGUGUUUUGAGGCUAGUCGAGUGGUUUUCUGGUCACUGUCGUGCUAUAAAGAGCUAAAACUUACCACAAACCGGUUUACAGGUCGUACACUUGGCGGCCUUCUGAUCCAGAUGCAAAAUAUCAGCUUACGAAGUUCGGGCAUGCGCAGAAAGCAAAAUUUCGACAUAGUUUUUGGGUUUAAAAGUGACACAGCAGUCUUGACUUUUACUUUUCGCUUUCUCUCCUCCCUUCUUUUUUCGCUUUUCUUGCCUCAUUUUUUUUUUCUCUUGCUGGGCAUUUAGUAGGCUUCAUUUUGGUGGGAAGAGUUUUUAGGAAAGCUUUUAGGAUCUUAGGAUUAGGUGAAAGGAAAGGUAGGUGGGUAAUGGAACAAGAUUUUCAUGGAGAUUUUCAGGUCCUUGUCACGUGGUUUUUUGCUUCUUUCUCCGGUGUCCUUGACUGAAUUGUGCUCAUUCUGGUAUGGUUUGAAAGAUCUCUUCACCCUGCACAAGUUAGCGAAGAAAGUUGUCCUUGACCGUUAAAACUGAUGACGUCACAAAGGGUAGAAAGGACCUGGAUCCGCACGGGCGGUUACGGGCGGUUCAGGGGCGAAUGGGUUAAAUAAUGCAACAGAGGGGGCCACAGAAAGUGUCUGUAUUAACGGGGUGUCCAUAUUAAGAGGCUUGAAUUUAGAGAAAAUAAUUUAAGGCCUUUUUUCUGGAGGGACUAAUCAAGCUGUCCGUAAUAAAGAGGUGUCCAUAUUAAGCAGGUGUCCAUAAAGGGGGGUAAGUGUUCUCAGCAAAUAUUUGAUCCUCAGCAGAUUUUGAUGAGUUUUCAAAGCAAGGAGAGAACAAAGCUGUGAAAUACAGAACAGCACAUCUGCAGUGGCUCCUAGGUAACAACGUGUUCUCACUCAACAACAUGGAUCAGUGGCAACCUGACUUGCGUCAAUGGACACCUAGUAGCAGUGCAAGAUAUCCAUUAAGAAUGACAACACCCAAGCCAUCUACUGACCCAGACUCAUGUAAGGUCAACAUGAAUACUCAAAACUAUUCCACAUCUUCAUUGUUCUAUACAUCAUGGGCAUGAGUGUAAUAACUUAUUGUCAGCAUGUAGCAAACAACAUCGCAAAAUACAUGCAUUCAGCAAAUCCAAAGACUACCAUCUUUUCCUGGAUUGGGGAAAUAUUAAGUAAAUAAAAUAAAUAGGUUAUUUUAGUAUUUGUGGUAGUAACUUCACGAGGUGGUUCUUCAUCUACCAUUCUUGAAAAUUGAAAACAGGGUUUGAAAAUGUUGGUUUUGAGGAGGGGGUAAAACUGGAAACCCAGAAAAAACCUCUUGGAGCAAUGGAGAGACCCAACAACAAACUUAACCCACAUAAUGGCAUCACCUUUGUGAAUUAACCCAGGCUUCACUGGUGGUUUAUGUGGGAGGCAUGAACAUUGUAUAUUUGAUGAGUUAUCUCAUUCUCCAGUAAUAAUAAUGUUUUGCUGAUGCAUUUCUAGUGCCUGAGGAUUAUCAAGUACACAUUUACCAUGGGAAAAGGGACAGAGUGUGGGUGAAACAGUGGAUAUCAGCAAUGAUGGAGGCCAAUAGAUUUAUCAUCACUACUAACCAACAACCAUCAAGAAAUGUUUCAAGAGUUAUCCUUGUCCUCACACCAGAGCUUUUUAAUGAGUCAUUUUUCUCAGAGAUUAUUGAUGCUAUUCAAGGAAAAAUUGUUCUUGGUAUAAAGUUGAGAAACUGUAACGUGCCUGAGGAAAUUGGAAAGGAAUGCAGCAGCUACAUGGACCUAACAACAAUUGACUUGAGUGACUUGAAUUUUCAUAUUUCAUUCAUGUUCAGGGUAAAAAAGUCCCUUAAACUGCCGGUAUCCAUUUGCUCAGCAUAA